CCCAGACCAGCAGAGGCAGCAGCCGGAGCAGCCGCAGCCUGCGCCCUCUCCCGCCCGCCCGCCCUCCGCCCGCCCGCCCGCCCUCCGCCGCCCUCCACCCGCCCCGGGGUCUCUUUCCCCCUUCCUCCUCCUCCUCCUCCACCCCCCCCUUCCUCCUCCGCCCGCCCGCGGGGCCCCCCUCGCCUUCCCGCCCGCCCCUAUUGUUCCGCCCCCGGCCUCCCGCCCUUCCCCUUCCCGCCCGCUCCCCUUUUCCCCUCAGUCGCCUCGCGCCUGCAGUUUUUGGCUUUCACCCCCACCAGUGACCAAAGACUUGACCACUCAAAGUCCAGCUCCUCAGAACACUGCUCGACAUGGACACCGGAGUGAUUGAAGGUGGAUUAAAUGUCACUCUCACCAUCCGGCUACUUAUGCAUGGAAAGGAAGUUGGCAGUAUCAUCGGAAAGAAAGGAGAAUCAGUUAAGAAGAUGCGCGAGGAGAGUGGUGCACGUAUAAACAUCUCAGAAGGGAAUUGUCCUGAAAGGAUUAUCACUUUGGCUGGACCCACUAAUGCCAUCUUCAAAGCCUUUGCUAUGAUCAUUGACAAACUGGAAGAGGACAUCAGCAGCUCUAUGACCAAUAGCACAGCUGCCAGUAGACCCCCAGUCACCUUGAGGCUGGUGGUCCCUGCUAGUCAGUGCGGCUCUCUCAUUGGGAAAGGUGGUUGCAAGAUCAAGGAAAUACGAGAGAGUACAGGGGCUCAGGUCCAAGUGGCAGGGGAUAUGCUCCCCAACUCAACUGAGCGGGCCAUCACUAUUGCUGGCAUUCCGCAAUCCAUCAUUGAGUGUGUGAAACAGAUCUGCGUGGUUAUGUUGGAGUCCCCCCCGAAGGGCGUGACCAUCCCGUACCGGCCCAAGCCGUCCAGUUCUCCGGUCAUCUUUGCAGGUGGUCAGGACAGGUACAGCACAGGCAGCGACAGUGCGAGCUUUCCCCACACCACCCCGUCCAUGUGCCUCAACCCUGACCUGGAGGGACCACCUCUAGAGGCCUAUACCAUUCAAGGACAGUAUGCCAUUCCACAGCCAGAUUUGACCAAGCUGCACCAGUUGGCAAUGCAACAGUCUCAUUUUCCCAUGACGCAUGGCAACACCGGAUUCAGUGGCAUUGAAUCCAGCUCUCCAGAGGUGAAAGGCUAUUGGGGUUUGGAUGCAUCUGCUCAGACUACUUCUCAUGAACUCACCAUUCCAAACGAUUUGAUUGGCUGCAUAAUCGGGCGUCAAGGCGCCAAAAUCAAUGAGAUCCGUCAGAUGUCUGGGGCGCAGAUCAAAAUUGCGAACCCAGUGGAAGGAUCUACUGAUAGGCAGGUUACCAUCACUGGAUCUGCUGCCAGCAUUAGCCUGGCUCAAUAUCUAAUCAAUGUCAGGCUUUCCUCGGAGACGGGUGGCAUGGGGAGCAGCUAGAACAAUGCAGAUUCAUCCAUAAUCCUUUCUGCUGUUCACCACCACCCAUGAUCCAUCUGUGUAGUUUCUGAACAGUCAGCGAUUCCAGGUUUUAAAUAGUUUGUAAAUUUUCAGUUUCUACACACUUUUAUCAUCCACUCGUGAUUUUUUAAUUAAAGCGUUUUAAUUCCUUUCUCUGUUCAGCUGUUAAUGCUGAGAUCCAUAUUUAGUUUUAUAAGCUUCUCCCUGUUUUUUUUUUUUUUUUUUGGCUCAUGAAUUUUUUUUUUGUUUGUCAUGGAAAUGUAAGAGUGGAAUAUUAAUACAUUUCAGUUUAGUUCUGUAAUGUCAGGAAUUUUUCAAAAAAAUUAAAAGAUGGACUGGAGCUUUUUCUUUGUGAAUAGAAACUGGAUGCCACAGUGAUUUCAUGUGGGUUUUA